GGGGGGCCGAAGCAGCAGAAGCAGCUGCAGCAAUGUUUGGAUUGGUUUGAAACGGAUUUGGAAGGAAAGAGAAAAGAAGAAAUCGAAAAAAGAAAACAAGAGGCUCGCCCAGGCUCCCAGGCCCUCAAGCGGUGUGCUGCAGUGGACUCCGCCAUACCUUUUCGUUUGCUGCUGCCUGUGGGGCCGGGGGAGAAUGCGGAGGAGAAGCGGCAGUUUGACGAGGAGUGUUUGUGGCAGCAGCAGCAGCAGCAGCAGCCGGAGCUGCUGCAGCAGCAGCAGCAGCAGCAGCCAGACGUUGCUGUUGCUGUUGGAGAAGCUGCGCCGCUAAACGAAGCAGCACUUUUCAACAAACGCCUCCAUUCAGUGCGGCAGCUAACUGGACUGGCAUCUGCCGCCUUUUGGGUCUACGAAAAUGAACUGUUCAAUAAAGUUGAAAAGUGCAGAAGGGGCAAUUAUAUUUGGAGUGGUAUCUUUGGAGUUAAAGCCCAGCAGCAGCAGCAGCAGCAGCAGCAGCAGCAGCAGCAGCAGCAGCAGCAGCAGCAGCAGCAGGCGGUCGAUAAUAUCCUUUUUGGAGUUGAUUUUGCAAGAGACGAAAAUGACGGUGGUGGGUUCUACGCCUCCGAGCAGCAGCAGCAGCAGCAGCAGCAGCAGCAGCAGCAGCAGCGCAGCAGCAGCAGCAGCAGCAGCAGCAGAUGA